AAAUAAAGAGAAAAAAAAAAGAUUUAGUACUGCUAGUGAACCCUAAAAAAAGGUAAGUGCAUUUGUAACCUUUUUGACCUUUUCUACCAUGUGGUAUUUUAUUCACAAACAAAAAUAACGAAAAUAAAAUAAUGCGAAAGUAUAAAUAUUCUAGCAAAAAGGAUUAAACAUUAGUUCUUUCCAACCAGCCACGACAUGAAGCUCAUAGCAGGUAUCUUGAUGUUGGUUGCCAACCUGGUCGCUGCGUUGGCAGCGGGGACUGUCGUGCCCACUUCUGGGUCUUCGAAUUUGUAUGCCGAAUGCAAUUAUCAAUGUCCAGUAGUAGCUCCAGUCUGUGGAACCGAUGGAAACACUUACUCCAGCGCGUGCUACUUGGAGUGCGUCAAGACAAAAGAAUCUCAUGACGGGAAAGUAUCUGUAAGAGUCAAUGUUAGUUCCUCUGGACGUUGCCCUGAGCAGCCCUGCAUAUGCCCAGCUGUAGUAGAUCCAGUUUGUGGAACCAAUGGAUGGACAUAUCCUAAUAGAUGCCAGCUGGAAUGUGAUAGCGCAAGGCAUCAGCGAUAUGGUUAUCCACCUAUUUAUGUAAAGAGCCUUGGCAAGUGCCCUGAACCAGGAUGUGUUUGCCCUGAAUACGAACAGCUGGUAUGCGGUACCGAUGGACGAACAUAUGGAAAUCCUUGCAAACUCAACUGCGAAAGCAAGAGACAACAAGAACUUGGGCGCCCUCCGAUUUUCAUCGCUAGCUACGGUCGUUGCCCAGCGCCUCUAUGCAACUGUCCAACAAUAAUUUCCCCCGUUUGCGGAACAAAUGGUCGAACCUACAGGAAUACCUGUUUUCUGGAAUGCGCUAGCAGGGAAAAUACAAAUAACGGUCUACCACCAAUAUACGUCCAGAAGUACGGCGUGUGUGCCGUAGAAAAAUGUGUUUGUCCAGCUGACGUAAGUCCACUUUGCGCUAGCGAUGGGAAUACUUACAACAAUGAGUGCGCAUUGCAGUGUCAAAACGGCAUUCGGUUUGCUCUAGGUCAACCGCCUUUAACUAAACUUUACAACGGACCUUGUAAAGGUUGCGUAUGUCCAAAGAACUAUGACCCAGUAUGUGGAAGCGAUGGCAAGACCUACGGAAAUUUAUGUUUACUAAAAUGCGAGAACCAAAGACGCUGGUACCAAAAUCUUCCACCGCUGACGUACACCAAAGGCGAAUGCGGUUGCAUCUGUCCAUACAAUUGGAAGCCUGUGUGUGCCAGCGACUUCCAAACGUAUCCUAACGAGUGUGUUUUGGGUUGUGAGAAUCGGCGCCGCGUUCACGCUGGUCUACCAGCACUGUAUAUCGUCCAUUAUGGGGAGUGUGGCUGCAAUUGUAAUCCCAACUUUAAGCUCGAAGUCUGCGGCUCUGACGGACGCACAUACUUUAACAUCUGCUGGUUCAAUUGCGCGAAUUUCUAUCUUAUUCGCAACGGCAAGCCAGCUAUCACCAUUAUUAAGAAUGGCCCUUGCUAAAUGUCAGUAGAUAACCAGAAAAUUGAUAAUUUGUGUUUUAGGCUAUUAUUAUUGUCAAAAGUAGGCAAAAUAAAUAUAUGAUUCUAAAUUCAGAAUAUGACUUUCAUUUUAAAUAUAAUUUUAUGUUAACUCUUUGAACGCCUAGAAUGCCUGUGAACGCACGGAAAGUAUUAUUAAUAGGAGUAGGGUUUAUUAGUAGGACGGUAGAAUAGCUUUUUGAAUGUAACGAAAUAGCGGUAAUAUUUCAAUGAAAUUCCAUUUCGAGAGAUAACGGUUUCCACCAACUAAAUCUUAACAAAUCACUAUGAUUUUGAUGUCGAUCGCUUCUGCAUAAUAUAUUCUAGCGUUAUAGGUUACACUUUUUUUUUGAAAAAACACA